AUAAAAAAAAAGUCUUUCUUUCAAAAUUAAAUGGUACAACGCGGUUUAUUUAUUGUAGUUGAAGGUUGCGAUCGUUCAGGCAAGACAACCCAAUGUGGUAUUCUUGUCAACAAGUUAAAGCAAGCUGGUAUGGACACUGAACUUGUCAAGUUUCCAGAUAGAACAACACAAACUGGUAAAAUGAUUGAUAGUUAUCUUCAACAAAAGAGCGACCUAGAUGAUCGUGCUAUUCAUCUUUUGUUUUCUGCUAACCGUUGGGAAGCUAUGAAAACCUUACAAGAAAAGUUAAAUCAGGGUACAACUUUGGUUGUGGAUCGUUAUGCAUUCUCGGGGGUUGCUUUUUCUUCAGCAAAAGGAUUAGAUUUAGCAUGGUGUAGACAUCCUGACGUUGGAUUGCUGACACCUGAUAUUGUCUUGUUUCUUGAUUUGAAUAUUGACGAAGCUGAAAAACGAGGCGGAUUUGGACAAGAAAGAUAUGAAAAGAGAGAAUUACAGGUCAAGGUUAGAAAAGAAUUUUUUAAGUUAAAAGAUAACACUUGGAAGCUGAUUGAUGCUAGUCAAUCUAAAGAACAAGUAGAACAAGAUAUUUGGGAUAUAGUCCAAGCAUUUGAUAAGAAAGAUUUGAGAACAUUAGAGUUUGAUUUAUGGAAAUAAUACUUAUUUGUUCAUGGGAUACUGACAGGCUACAUAAACUAUUGAUCUUAAUUAUUGACAUCAGUUUCAAGAUUGAAUAAAAAACACUUGUCCCAAA